GACAGAAGAAUAAUAAUGAAAAGUUGAAGAGAAGAAGGAAAGUAAAUUGAAAAGAAGAUAAGUGCUUGAAGGAUUCUCAAAAGUGAAAUAAUAAACGGACAAGAAAAAAGAAAAAGAAAGGCAGAGAAGAACUCGUGAAAGGAAACCCGUUCGAUGAGGAAGAAGUGUCACGAUUUAAAUACGAUGAUCGCGUAGCGGCGCCCGACUAUCACGGCCCUGAGCGGCCGACACAUCAUGUCACAGUUCUCCUUCCGAGGAUCGCCAAAUCUACAGUGUCCUGUGACAAUAAACUCGUCGUUAGCGUCGUCGUCGGGCUCACCAUCGUCAGGCGUUCACCUGAGCGCAGGAAGUUCGUCUUUGGUGAGUGCGGCGUCCGGCGGAGGGACGACGAAUCAUCCUCUUGGCGUGGUGGGUGCCGUGCCCGGUGGUGGCGGGGCCGGUGGUCUGUCGAACGCAAGGAUGGCGGUGACGAGCGCGGUUGUACGGCCACCGGGGAGUCCAACAGCCUCGGUGAGUCCGUCUCAAGGUCACCCACCGCCAACGACGGCAGGCCCAACAGCCGCUAGGUGCUGCGACACCGGCAGACCCAUCUUCACGGACCCCCUCACCGGGCAAACUGUCUGUUCUUGUCAGUACGAGCUACUUGGUGGUUAUCAAAGACUCGGAGCAUUACCAACUGCAGCUCUAUCGAUGUAUAGCGCACCCUACGCUGCUGCAGCAGCCGCUGCUGCAUCCGAAGGAAUGGCUGCUUAUUUUCCAAGUCUUGGUGCUGAACAGGCACCGUUCUACACGCCUACCGCUGCUGGACUCGAUUUGAAGGAAAAUCUUGGUGCAGGUGCAGCGGCAGCAUGGCCCUAUCCCUCGGUUUAUCAUCCCUACGAUGCCGCAUUCGCGAGUUAUCCGUUCAAUGGUUACGGUAUGGAUUUGAACGGUGCAAGGCGGAAAAAUGCAACGAGAGAAACGACGAGCACGUUGAAGGCUUGGCUGAACGAACAUAAGAAGAAUCCUUAUCCUACUAAGGGUGAGAAGAUCAUGUUAGCUAUAAUUACGAAGAUGACGUUGACGCAGGUCUCGACGUGGUUCGCCAAUGCACGGAGGAGAUUGAAAAAGGAGAAUAAGAUGACGUGGGAACCACGUAACAGAGUCGAGGAUGAGGAUAACAAUAACGAGGAUGACGACAGUGGUAGAAAGAGCGUCGAUGAAAAGGAUCGUCUCGAUUCAAAGGAUUCGGGUACGGGUUCGAGCGAGGACGGUGAACGGCCAGCUCACAGAUUGGACCUAUUGCACGGCACCAGUGGUGGUUCAGCUGGAGCUCAGGGUAGAACGGAGAGUGAAUGGAGUGAGUCACGUGCGGACAGUGGUCCGGAUAGUCCGGAAUGUCUUUACGAUCAAAGGGAGCCAAGGCAUCCUUUACAGCUUCAACAUCCGGCGUACCUUGCAUCGAGUCACGGGCGAUUACUUCGUCACCCAUCGCCUGAGAGUACGUCACCUAGCGGUCAUCAUCAUUUACCACCAAGUACGAGUGCACCAUCGACGGGUAGUGCAGUAACGACGAAGCCAAGGAUUUGGUCGUUGGCUGACAUGGCAAGUAAGGAUGGAGAACAACAAAGUCCUAACGCAACGACGAUGACGGGUCUGACGUCGCCGUAUGCUGGUACGGGAGGAGGUGGUGGAGGUGGAGGUGGUGGUGGUGGUGGUGGUGGUGGUGGUGGUGGUGGUGGUGCUGGUGGUGGUGGUGGUGGUGGUGGUGGUGGUGCUGGUGGUGGUCCUGGAAAGUUAGUGAGUCCAUUGGCGAGUCGUCUACCACCUCAUCACCCGUUACACCCAGUGAUGCAUCCAGGUACCCAAUUUGUAAGGCCUCACCCGGACUUUUACCGAAACUUCUAUGGGGCCUCUCACCUUGGUUCCGGAGAUAUGUCAUUGCUCGAAAGUUACUCGAGAACAUUGGGUGGUCUAGGAGGAGUUAUGCCUCCGUCGACCGCUCCAAGCAUAUUAACGUCAUCCUCAUCGUCAAUAGCUGGCGCCGGUAACGCUAAACCGUUCUCGAUCAAUGGAAAUUCCGGUGUUAGUGGAGGACAUACGGUUAUGCUUACCACAGCGUCAUCCGGUCUCUCGCCGUCGUCAUCGUCGACGGCAUCAUCGGGUGGAUCUGAUCAUUCGCCUCAUCCUACCGGUGGCUUACCCCCGAGUCAAGAGCUCAAAUCGCCUGGACGAGUGUGAUUCGACGUAUAAUAAAUAAAAAUAAGUGUCUCGACUCUUGAAACGAAGAUGUAAGAGAAAGGAAAUGGGAAAUUACGACGAGAGAACUACAACAACAACAACAAUAACAACAACAACAACAACAACAAC